GCCGCCGCCUCAGAGUCGCGCGCGGGGCGUGGAGCGGUACUGAGGAGUCGAGGCCGCGGCCAGCUCGACGUCGGGACUGUCCAGCGAACGCAGCGCGGUGAGCGGGCAGCUAGAGCAGCCCCGGAGCUGAAGUAGCAGUCGCGCCGCUGUCCUCGGAGCCCAACUGAGCCGGCCAUGGCGUUGUCGAUGCCGCUGAACGGGCUGAAGGAGGAGGACAAAGAACCCCUCAUCGAGCUCUUCGUCAAGGCUGGCAGUGAUGGGGAAAGCAUAGGAAAUUGUCCCUUCUCCCAGAGGCUCUUCAUGAUUCUUUGGCUCAAAGGAGUUGUGUUUAGUGUCACAACUGUGGACCUGAAAAGGAAGCCUGCGGACCUGCAGAACUUGGCUCCCGGGACCCACCCACCGUUUAUAACUUUCAACAAUGAAGUCAAAACGGAUGUCAAUAAGAUUGAGGAGUUUCUUGAAGAAGUCUUAUGCCCUCCCAAAUACUUAAAGCUUUCACCAAAGCACCCAGAGUCAAAUACUGCUGGAAUGGACAUUUUUGCCAAAUUCUCUGCUUAUAUCAAGAACUCAAGGCCAGAGGCUAAUGAAGCCCUAGAGAGGGGUCUUUUGAAAACAUUGCAGAAACUGGAUGAGUAUUUGAAUUCUCCCUUACCUGAUGAAAUUGAUGAGAACAGUAUGGAGGACAUUAAAUUUUCUACACGUAAAUUUCUGGAUGGCAAUGAAAUGACAUUAGCUGAUUGCAACCUGUUGCCCAAACUGCACAUUGUCAAGGUGGUAGCCAAGAAAUACCGCAACUUCGAUAUUCCAAAAGGAAUGACGGGCAUCUGGAGAUACUUAACUAAUGCUUACAGUAGGGACGAGUUCACCAAUACCUGUCCCAGUGAUAAGGAGGUCGAAAUAGCAUACAGUGAUGUCGCCAAAAGACUUACCAAGUAAAACAGCACUGACAAGAGAGAUGUCUUCAAAUCUUCCCCUAAGAAUAUGCUUUCCUAACAGACUGCUCCUCUUCUAUGAAUUAGAAUUAUAUUUUGCAUGAACCUGCAGUUACUCAAGAUUAGGAUCAAGGAUAGGCAAGGUAUAGUAGUUAUCUUAAAACACACACUCCUAAGCAGUAUUAUUUUAAAAUUCCUUUCCCUCGCCUACCUCCCCGUCCACAGCUCCCCCCAGUUUGGAGUCACUCCCUCACGAGCUCUUCACGCGCGAGGCAGUUGCCCUCUCUAGAAUCUUCACCACUGUGUCCAUGACAGAACUCUUGAGGUGCAAUGUUAACCCUUAAAAUAGUAGCCAUGAUGUCAGCAGCCCCAAACUGAUGCACAGUGUAUGAUGCAAGGAAUAUUUAUGUUUUAAAAAAUUUUGUAGUAUUUCAUAAGAGCAUGUGAAAGGGUUGCUGCUGUAUCGGAAACACUCAGUUGAGUCUAUCCUGUAUGUGUGCUGAAGGGUGUCACCGCCAGAGAAGAAAUCUACAGAAAAUCACUACGAUUGUUAUUUUUCUUUGGGUAGAUUUUUAAAAUCUUGCCUAAAAUCAUUUCUCUUUCAUGUGAAUUAUAACAUCUGACACUGUGUGAAAGCUGAAAGUUUAGAGGCAGGGAUGGUAUUCUCAAGCAGUCCAUCCUUACAGGAGAAACCCACGGGCACCUGAUACUCUGUCUGAAGACGGUGUUGUGUGUUUUGCCCAGUGCCAUUCGUUUGGAACAUUAUUGCCUUGUUUUACAGAGCUCCUUCUUAAGCAGUGAUAGACCUUGCUGUUGGUAAAGCUUUUGAGCAACACUACAUAAAUUGGUAUUUAGUUGGUUUAGUCAUAACAGUAUGGUGGUGAGCAGCGUAAACAUUUCAUUCUUACAGAAAUUAACCUAAGGAACAUAGGCUGGGUUUGUUACAGUAUCAAGUGAAUUUUGUUUCUAAAGCAUAUUCAACGUAAAUAAUCUAGAGACUGCAUUAUCCACCCUAUAUUAAAAGUGAUAAAAUGUUCUCUUUCCACUUCCAUUUACUGUUAGACUUUGCAUAGAGAAUUGCUUUUGGAUUAAAUUGUAGCAGUUUUGUCUCAUCUCAAUCACUGUACUCCUUACACUGAGGAAUAGUAUUCCAUGUUUUUGUCUUUUUGCCUUUUUGAUUCCUAGUCCUAAACUAGGAAUCAUUUAUGCUCUAACAAAGGAUGAACUUGGUAAAAGUAGAACUUAGCUUUGUGUUGAUUCCUCCCCUCCCCCUUCUUUUUCUUUUUCUUCAACAACAAAAUGGACUUUGUACAUAUACUACUGCUCCAAAGACUGGCUGUGACUAUAAUACAUUUUUGGUAAUUUUUAUACCUAAUUUGUCAAAGAAGUGCUAUUUCUUCCAGGCUUUUAAAACAUAUAUUGCUUUCAGAUAACACUGUUUUCUCCCUUUGGUAUGCUGACAUUUAGUAAGCACUGAUUUUAUGGGAGCACCCUCACUUUGAUAAGAACACUGCAUUUUAAAGUCUAUCAGUAAUUAGCUUAGUAUAAGAAGAGAAGGAAAGCCCCGUAGUGUAUCCAUCUGGCUCAGGGAGAUUCCUUUGCCUUACCUGUCUUAGUGUUCCUUAUUGCUGGUAAAUUUUGAGCACCGUCCCUCCAUAAUUAAAUGUUGGCUGAGGAUUUCUGUGGUUCUAGAAAGUCCAUUGAGAAGUUGCAUUGCAGUAACUGCAGUGGGUGAAAGUGUCCCAGCUGCGGCAGUCCUAGGCAGCAUCAACAUCUAUAUCUGCUUUUUAAACAGCAGCACCUUCAGGUGAUGCUGAGCCCAGCCUCGCAGCUUUAAGUAUGAGGGAGAUUUUACGGGGGUGAAUAGCGGACUACGCGGUGCAGAGUGGAGCCUCCUGGCAGGGCUCCAUUCCCUAGAGUAGGGUGGUGAAGAACACGUGGAAACUCAGUUGUGAAAUAUUGUCACUUUUGUAUAUUUAUUUUCUUCAUUGUUUUUACCUGUGCAGUGAUUACACUUGGGUGUCUUACUGGCUGUCCAAGGAAGGCAAGGUCAUGAUUUUAGCAAAAGCAGAACUGUUUUUCCUCUGUGGAGAGACGUAUUUUAUCUCUGUGUCAGGAAGGUUAAUCCAAGAAAAUUGAGAUGGAUAAAUGGACAAAAGCUAGUAAAAAGGAAGAGCCUGCACUCAUUUGUUUGUAGAAAGAUCAUGCCUUACAAUCCUGAGAGAUUUAGGCUGUAAAGUUUCCAUGGCAGUUCAUGUAGUGUAUAUAUGUGUUGACAUGUGCAAGUCAUCUAAUUUUGUUUCUACAACUAAUGAAUCAUUUCCCUCUUCAUUUAACCAACUUUUGUUACACUUCAGUGAGACUGGAGUUCUAGAGGAGAGUCUCACUAUUUUCCAAGGACACCGAAAAAUUUCUCAUAAAACAGUUGGGAAGAUCUCGUCCAGUCAAUAUUAUCAGUUUCCUUUAUUUGAUUUAGAUACAGGUGUUCAGUAAGAUGUCAAAUAAAAUUUUAUUUCUGAGUAACUUUGGCUUUACAACUUUUAAGUAAUUAAAAUAUUUCUGACAUUUAGUCUUACAAGUGGAUCAUCUCUAGAAUUUAGGCACUUUUACUUCUGUAGAGUUUUGAAUCUCUCCAAAAUUGCAUGUAGAUAGCUUUUGUUUCUGUGCAUUUGGACCUGCCACUUAGGAAGUAGCUCUACUGAAAAUGGAGGAAAUACAAAUUAUUUUUUCAUGAGCAUUUUGAUACACAUUUUGACAAGCUAAUUGAUGCACCACUUUCUUACACUGGUUAUAAUCAAUAAUUAAGAGAGGGAAGCAUUCAUUUUAUUUAUAGGCUCUUAAUUCUAUCCUUUAAAAAUUAUCAAAAUUGGGGCAACCAAAAUUCUUGCCGUGGACAAAAAAUUCAACUUUGAGCCAUAAUGUUGAACAGAAGCGGAGUAUUUUCUUUAGAAUUUCAUGAGAAUAGGCAAAUAAAGCUUAUCAUAGAAUGCUUGUAUAUUCUUUUCUCUCUCUGGAACAUCAACACCAGUAUAUUGCUGGCAGCUAUUAUAUUAAAAAUAAAGUAUAUUUUCACUAUCAUAAA